UUGAAUCGCGCACUCGUCUUCUGUUUCAUUCGCCUGGUUCGAUUCGACUCUCAACGACAACCAGCACAACUCUGAACACGGAAAUGUGCUGGAAUGUAUAUAAUCUUGGAUGUCUGGAUUAUUAGUCGCUGGAGUGCCAAAAAUACGAUUAAAACCAAGCAGUGAAUAAAACGGGGUGGGGGAAAAAACUACCAAAGUGGAAGAGUUACAGCUUUAACGUCAAACUUCCCAUGCCCUUUUCCAUUACAGGAUUUUAAGCAAAAUAUGCUGCGCGACUGGAUUAUGGAUUAUGAAGAACGGUCAAGAUUGUACAGAUCGCCUUGAAUAACUGCGUGAUUAUAUUCACUUUCAUGCACCUUCGCUAAAUUCAUCUCAUCUCAUCUACUCAAGCGCUCACACCCUUGUUUCCCCGUACUGCUGCAAGAUGUUAUCCAGGCUGAGUGAGUGGUUCUGGAAUGAGAGACUGUGGUUUCCAGAAGGCCUGGGUUGGGCUGACCUGGAGGAUCGCGAUGGUCUCACCUACGCCAAAACAGGCGACCUCUGGGUUGCCCUGCCCAUCGCCCUCGUCUUCCUCAUUAUACGACAGAUCUUUGAAAGGACAGUGGCCGUUCGACUGGCCGCAACUUUGGGUGUAAAGGAGAAAAUCAGAGUGCGAGCAGAGCACAACCCCACUUUGGAGUCAUACUUCAUCUCCACAGCUAAAACUCCCACACAGAGUGAAAUCGUGAGUUUAGGUAAAAAGACAGGCUACUCCGAGAGACAAAUCCACAGAUGGUUCCGGAGACGGAGAAAUGAAGAGCGACCCAACCAGCUCAAGAAGUUCAAAGAGGCCAGUUGGAGAUUUACCUUUUACCUUCUUGCUUUCAUUGCUGGCCUUGCUGCACUUAUUGAUAAACCCUGGCUCUACAAAAUGGAGGAGAUGUGGAAUGGGUUUCCAAUGAUGACGCUGCUGCCUUCUCAGUACUGGUAUUACAUGAUUGAACUAGGAUUUUACAUUGCGCUUCUCUUCAGUGUCGCUUCAGAUGUCAAGCGAAAAGACUUUAAAGAGCAAGUCCUUCACCAUGUUGCCACCAUCCUACUGAUUAGUUUCUCGUGGUGUGUGAACUACAUCAGAGCAGGAACACUCAUUAUGCUGGUGCACGACGCCUCUGACUAUCUGCUUGAGUCUGCCAAGAUGUUUAACUAUGCUGGCUGGAGAAAGACGUGCAACUACAUAUUCAUCAUCUUUGCUGUCAUCUUCAUCAUCACCAGACUCAUCAUCCUCCCAUUUUGGAUCUUGCAUUGUACCUGGGUGUAUCCGGUGACUGUAUAUCCUCCAUUCUUUGGCUAUUACUUCUUCAAUGGGCUGCUGUUUGUGCUGCUGUGUCUGCACAUCUUCUGGGCUGUACUCAUCCUGCAUAUGGCCAUCAAAUUCCUGCCAGGCAAUAAUAUUGUAGAGGAUGAGAGGAGUGACCGAGAAGAAACAGACUCGGAGGGCGAGGAGGAAGAGGAGGGUGAGAAAGACAGGAGAGCACCAGUGAAAAACGGACCAGUGCAGAACGGCCACUUGCCCCUAAACAACAACCAUCACCGCAAGACUGAGUGAUGGUGAAUGAGAUGAGAGAGGAGGUACAACACUCCUCAUCACAUGUACACAUGGACAAGACCAACAUAAUUAAGAGAGAGGGGUGAUAGGUGGAUUGACAAAAGGCCCAGAACACAGACCUCGAAACAGACUUCCUUUAAAAACAAGGAAUGAAAAAAUAUGACCCUGCUCACAAAAUUUCCAAAACACUAUUAACAGACACCAUGUUAGUAUAUACAAAAAAAAUUCUAUGGCAAAAUGUAAAAACUUUCAAGAAGAAUUAGGAUUUCUGUAAGUAGUAAAUCCAACAUUCACUUGCUUUACUGGAAAUAUUGUCUCCAGUGUAUUUUGUGUUUAGUGCCUUAUUACAAAUCCUACUUCUGUCAUACUGAGUGUCUUACACUUUAUUUUCUGUUUGUCUUACUGGGCAUCACACACACUACUAAAAUCCCUUUUUAGUUGUCAGGUAGGCAUUUUUGCACAUUUUUGCUGGUCAGCUUUCAGAUGUUCAACGUUCAGUGCUUGACACCAUAUUGAAUUUGAAAUUGUGACGUAUCCGGAAACCAACUGGAAUUUUUUGAGUUUAGUAUGUAGGUCACUUUCAUUUAGAAUCGCAGUCUUACCAAGUGACCUUUUACUCACCUGCCUUGCGCGCACACGUGACCUUCAUUAUAAGCAAUGUUGGAGAAUGCCAAGGGCCUCUGUCACUCCUCUUUUCGCAAUACAGUUGCACUAUUAAACUUUAUUGACCCGUUACUGCUACACUACCACCUUAGAGAGAUUCAAAGACUAUCGAAAACUAGAUUGCACGGUUCAGUUUAGACGAUCCAUGAUAUUCGGUCCCAGAGGCGCUGAAUCAAUGUGUUGCCUUUUGCAUGUAACGUUUGUCCAGUGUCUUCACUGUGUUGUCUGUUAAGCAGCAACAAAAAGUGUUUCAGAAAAUCUCAAAUUUAAUAUUUCUGUUUCUGUAAGUUUGUGUUUCCUGUUCAUUUCUUCAUGUAUUCUUGAAUAUAGAAGUUAGACCUAGAGACAAGUUUUUCUUUUUUUAAAUAUUCUUAAAGCCUCUUUUUGUUCUUUUUUUUUUUAAUAGAUUUUUGUUUUCUCCAUGUGUUUCCUUUUUAAUUUUUUUUUAAGGUCAAGAUUUAUUCAACAAGACUGAUAAGUUGAUUAUUAUGGUGCCUUGAUCCCAUAACACAAUAAAUAAAUAAAUAAAUAAAUAAAGAUCAUUCUGACUUAAUACCUUGCAAUUCUGAGUUAAUUUCUCCCAAUUGCGUGAUAUAAACUCACAGUUGUGAGAAAUAAAGUCGCAAUUGCAAGGUUUUAUAGACUUCAUUAUUGUAACGUGUUCAGUGUAAUGAGGAAGCGGGAGAUGACGUUUCCAACUCAGGAAUGUCACUUUUUAUUGAUACACCAAAAUAACACGUUCGUCUAAAGCAUAACAGUGAAGCUUCAAUUUAACUCGAAUAAUAGAUGGCAGCGGCCAACACACAAACAGAUUUGGGUGUCUGUCUCACUCUCUCUCCACACUCUGAGGUCUGGCCCCUUUUAUUUCCCUCAUCUCUCACUGUGGACACCGAAACGAGCAUUUCCCAGCAAUUCAUCUCAGGUGAGAACCCUUACCGCUUACUCUCUUUCCAGAGGAAUGCUCUACCACGCCCUCGCCUCCACAAUUAGAUCUCAUAAUUUUGAGUUUAUAUCACGCAAUUGCAACAUGUCUUGCUGUUGCUACUUUAUUUCUCGUAAUUACGAGAUAUAAACUCGUCAUUUAGUUUAGUGCGGAAUUGAGACAAAUAAAGAAAUAAAGUUGAAAUUGUAAGAUACAAAGUCGCAAUUGCGAGUUAAAAUCUCAAAACGUAUAUUAAAAACAUUCGUUUAAAUCUCGCAAGUGCAACUUUAUUUCUCGUUAUUACGAUAUAUAAACUUGCAAUUUAGUUUAUCGCGCAGUUGUGACUAUUUCGCAAAUGCAAGAAAUAGUUGAAAUUGCAAGAUACAAAGACACAAUUGCGAGUUUAAAUCUCAAAAUGUACAUUAAAAAUAUACAAGUUUAAAUCUCGCGAUUGCAACUUUAUUUCUCGCAGUUGCGAAUAUCUAACAAUUGCGACUAUUUCUCGUAAUUACAAUAUAUAAAAAUUUGCUAUUUAGUUUAUUGCGCAAUUGAUAAUUUAUAUCACUAUUGCAAGAAGUAGUUGAAAUUGUCAGAAAUAGUCGCAAUUGUGGGGUUUUAUUUUAUUAUAUUUCAAAAUCAUUAGUUUAUAUUAUGCAUGUGCAACAUUAUAUCUUGCAGUUUUGACUUUCUCGCAAUUGUUAUAAAGAGUUAUAAAGUCACAAUUACGAAUAUUAUAGUCAGAAUUGUGAGAUAUAAAGUCAUAACUACCUCUUUUAUUUAUUUAUUUUUUAUUCCAUGGUGGGAUCCGGCUUCCAUACAUAAUUUAUGCGUAAAAGAUGGACAUUUUUGAAACAAAGUACUUGGCAGGAGAACUUUAAGCCAAUGUUUUUGUCUCUUCCAUUUUUAUGAUGAAUGAUUACAUUUAAUAAUCAGUAUUUAGUACUGGAUGCACUUUUUAUGUGGUGUUGAUAUCAAGACUGUAAAAUGCAUUAUUAUAAUUAUUCUGUUAUUGGCAAACUGUUUGGCAUAAUUGAAAUCUUGGCUUGCAGUUCAGUACUUAUGGGAAGUAGAUUCCAUAGUUUUCAAAAAAAAAAAAAAUUCCGUUUUGGAAUUUGCCCAAUAUGUACUGUAGAUAUGUACUGUUUGCUCAUUAUCUGCAAUUUUACAUGAGAUCAUGUUUAACCUAAAGUGCUCAAUUCAACAAUGUGGUCAGGUAUAACAUCCUCUCUUCACAUGAUCUCUUAUUAUUAGUUUAAAGGUAUAGUGUACUCACUGAAAAAUGAAAACUGUCAUAAUUGACUCACAUUCAAUUAUCAAUUACAAUAUUCACAUUUUUCAAACCCAUAUGAACUUUGGAGUUUAUAACAACAUGAGGGUGAGUAAAUGAUAACAGAUUUUUUUUCCCCUUUGGGUGAACUAUCCCUUUAAAUGACAGGUUUACAAAUUGUGGUCCAGUAUUUAUCUUCAAAGUUAGUGUCAAUACAGGUGCUUAUUAUGUAGAAAUUCAUUUUUGCAAGUGGAACGGGACAUCUGGAUUGGCUUUACAAAGUUAUUUUAAGUUUCCAAAUAUUUUCGCAAGUGCCUUAUUUGUAAAUGUAUAUUUGUGUUGCUUGUCUGUGCUUUCCUCACCUCAUCAUUUCUCCACUAAGAUUUUAACCUUUUCAAACUUUAUCAUCCUUCUCUCUGUUUCUUUAUCUCUCCUCAGUUUACAUCCACUCAAUCAUAUUAAUCUAUUCUUAUGGCCCAGUGCCAAGACCAAUCCCCCCCCCCCCCCAAUUGUGUCCUGUCAAAUGUGGGUCCACCGCCCAAACAUAAAAAAAAUUUGAUCAGUGUCCCAACUGCCAGUGUUUUUGUUGUAUUUUGUAUUGUCAUUAUUCAAAGAUGUAAGAUAAAGAUUCUUGUGGAUGACAGA